GGCCGCCUCCCCUCGCACGCAGCCCGGCUUUCCGGGCCGGCUUCUUCCUCCAUCAGCUCCCAGGCUCGGCCGUGCCGUGGCCGCCGGCGGGGCUGGGAACGAUGCCGCGCCACGCCUAAGGCUGAGCGCGCCGCCCUGGCCCGUCCUCACCUUGCGUUAGUUCGAAAGUCGCUCGCUCGCUCCCUCUCGCCUCGUUGCAGCCCCGACCCCGGCCGCCAGCGUCGUCAUGUCCCAUCCUGGGGUCCCGGCCCCGGGCGGCGCGCCCCCCGCCGGCCCGCAGGCCCAGAACGGGGCCGCCUUGGCCUCGGGGUCUCUCUACGCCAACGGUCCUGUUCAAAAUGCACUGUUAUCUUCACAAGUGCCAGUGAGCCAAGGAUAUAGUUCUCAGCAUCCAGGAUCCUACCCUCAUCUAAUGCCAGCAAAGACUUUGAAUCCAGUUUCUGGACAGUCUAACUAUGGUGGUUCUCAGACUUUUUCUCCAUUAAAUAAUUAUCAGGGACCUGGACAGACUCUUAAUAGACCACCUGUGGCUUCCAAUCCAGCGACACCCUCACUCCAUAGUGGUCCUGUUCCUCGAAUGCCACCACCAACUUCUCAGAAUCCAGCUGCUACACCAAUGCCUUCUGGUAGCUUUCUCCCUGGAGUGAAUGUACCACCAUCUUCGAAUUGGCAAUAUAACUAUCCACCCCCAGGAUCACAGACAAAUCAUAUUCCUCAUGCAUCAUCCCAAACAACAGUGUCUGGGAAUACAAACUUUCAAAGUCAUCAGUAUGUUUCUUCUGGAGAACCUUUGCUUCAAAACAACUUCAUGAAACCAGGUUCUGUACCUCCUUUAGUGAAUCCACCUCUACUCAACACUUUUCAACCAGGAAAUCCCUCUGGGCCCCCUCUAGCUGGAGGACCAUCUCCAGUGAGAGCGCCUCCUCCUCAAAAAUCAUCACAAAAGGUUGUGUCCCAAGCAUCAUUUAAUUCAGCUUGCAAUCCAGAAGGUAUUACACCAAAUACCAAUAAUGGAUCUAUGGUGGUUCACAAUAGUUAUGAUGAAAUUGAAGGCGGUGGAUUCUUGGCAACACCACAGGUUCCUAAUAAGAAUCCCACAAUGAGCCGAAGUGUUGGAUAUUCAUAUCCCUCCUUACCACCUGGUUAUCAGAACACAGCACCACCUAGUACAGCUGGAAUGCCACCCUCUUCCAUGAGCUAUCCAAGUGGGCCACAACCCUAUUCACAGACUCCCUUAGGUGCUAAUCAUUUAGCUGCAAGCAUGAGUGGAUUAAGUCUGCAUCCAGAGGGUUUAAGAGUCAUCAAUCUACUUCAAGAAAGAAACAUGCUUCCAUCAACAACUUUGAAGCCUCCAGUUCCAAAUUUGCAUGAAGAUAUCCAGAAACUUAACUGUAAUCCAGAGUUAUUUCGAUGCACGCUGACUAGCAUUCCUCAGACUCAGGCCUUACUGAAUAAAGCCAAACUUCCUUUGGGACUUCUGCUUCAUCCUUUUAAAGACCUAGUGCAAUUGCCUGUGGUUACCUCCAGUACAAUUGUGAGAUGCCGUUCCUGCAGGACUUACAUCAAUCCUUUUGUCAGUUUUCUUGAUCAAAGGAGAUGGAAGUGUAACUUAUGCUACCGAAUCAAUGAUGUUCCUGAAGAAUUCAUGUACAACCCUUUGACCAGAGUCUAUGGAGAACCUCAUAAAAGACCUGAAGUUCAGAAUGCUACUAUUGAGUUUAUGGCUCCUUCAGAAUAUAUGUUAAGACCGCCUCAGCCUCCAGUUUACCUCUUCGUGCUUGAUGUGUCCCAUAAUGCAGUUGAAACUGGAUAUUUGAAUUCAGUUUGCCAGAGUUUAUUGAACAGUCUGGAUUUGCUCCCUGGGAACACUAGGACAAAAAUUGGCUUCAUAACUUUUGAUAGUACAAUUCAUUUCUACAGUCUUCAGGAAGGUCUUUCUCAACCUCAGAUGCUCAUAGUUUCUGAUAUUGAAGAUGUUUUCAUACCUAUGCCAGAGAACUUACUAGUAAAUUUAAACGAGAGUAAAGAGCUUGUGCAAGAUUUACUGAAAACUUUGCCGCAAAUGUUCACCAAGACCCUGGAGACCCAGAGUGCCUUGGGUCCUGCACUGCAGGCUGCCUUUAAACUGAUAUCCCCAACGGGUGGUCGAAUGACUGUCUUUCAAACACAACUUCCCACUCUUGGCGUAGGAGCCCUGAAGCCACGUGAAGAACCGAACCACAAAUCAUCUGCUAAGGAUAUCCACUUAACUCCAUCCACUGACUUCUAUAAGAAAUUAGCUUUGGACUGUUCAGGUCAACAGGUAGCUGUUGACUUAUUCCUUCUCAGUGGACAGUAUUCUGAUUUGGCUUCUUUGGGUUGUAUUUCUCGGUAUUCAGCAGGUAGCGUCUAUUACUAUCCCUCUUACCACCAUCAGCACAACCCAGUCCAAGUGCAGAAAUUGCAGAAGGAACUACAAAGAUACCUCACUCGUAAGAUUGGCUUUGAAGCAGUCAUGAGGAUUCGGUGCACCAAAGGUCUUUCCAUUCAUACCUUCCAUGGGAACUUCUUUGUUAGGUCAACAGAUUUACUGUCUUUACCCAAUGUAAAUCCAGAUGCUGGGUAUGCAGUCCAGAUGUCAGUGGAAGAGAAUCUCACUGACACUCAGUUGGUUUCCUUUCAGUCAGCUCUCCUAUAUACAUCCAGCAAAGGUGAAAGGAGAAUUCGUGUUCACACUUUGUGUUUGCCAGUAGUUGCAUCUCUGAAUGAAAUCUUUCUUGGAGCUGAUGUUCAAGCGAUUUCAGGAUUGUUGGCCAAUAUGGCUGUGGACAGAUCUGUGACAACCAGUCUGAGUGAUGCUCGAGAUGCCCUGGUGAAUGCUGUCAUAGACUCUCUUUCGGCUUUUCGCACUUCAGUCCUAAGUAGCCAGCAGCCUGGACUCAUGGUUCCUUUUUCUCUGAGACUUUUUCCACUCUUUGUGUUGGCACUCCUUAAACAGAAAUCGUUCCAGACUGGGACAAAUGCACGACUAGAUGAGCGCAUUUUUGCAAUGUGUCAAGUGAAAAACCAGCCUUUGGUCCACUUUAUGCUCUCAACUCAUCCCAGUUUGUAUAGAGUUGACAAUCUCUCAGAUGAGGGAGCACUCAAUAUCAAAGAUCGCACUGUACCUCAGCCGCCUAUCCUUCAGCUCUCAGUGGAGAAGCUCAGCAGAGAUGGAGCUUUCCUCAUGGAUGCAGGCUCUGUAUUGAUGCUUUGGGUUGGAAAAAAUUGUGGACAGAAUUUUCUCCACCAGGUUCUAGGAGUGGAAAACUAUGCAUUAAUUCCACACAAUAUGACAGAUCUUCCAGAACUUGAUACACCAGAAUCUGCCAGAAUAAUAACGUUUAUCUCUUGGCUUCGAGAACAGAGACCAUUUUACCCAAUACUUUAUGUGAUACGGGAUGAGAGUCCAAUGAAAGCAAGCUUCCUUCAAAACAUGGUAGAAGACAGAACAGAAUCUGCAUUAUCAUAUUAUGAAUUCCUUUUGCAUAUACAACAACAAGUAAAUAAGUGAACACCUGAAGAUGUUUGAGUUAGUUGUUUAAGGAAAGUCAUAAUCAUGCACAAGGAGAAUGUGUAAUACUUUCCUUUUCUAUUAGGUUUGUGGACUAAUGUGAUAAUUGUAUGUUCUCACUGUGAUUUCAACAAGCGAUAGCCAAUAAAGGACCACCACAGAGAAUCAAGCAUACAAAUUUAAAAUACUGUAUUUUAAAAAUCAGAGUAUAGCUAUAUAUGAUUUAAUACCCUUUUUUAUUUGCUGCCAAUUAUAUUUGCAUUGUUAUGGGUUAAAAUAAGAUGAGACAAUGUUGCAGAGGCAAAGACAUUUUGUAAAAUAAAGUCUUCUGUAUUCCA